CCCCCAACGCCACUUUUUUUUUCUCACACUCCUGGAGCUUCUCCCCAAUCAUCGAGUCGCCGCUCUCUGCUUAAACUAUUCCUCUCUGGGCCAACUCACGGAACCGCGGGCCUUUUCCUUCUUAGGUUCCUCUUACGUCCGCAUCUCGCCCGACUUGAACUCUUUCUCUUCAUUUUCCCUUUCCCCACAACCGCCACCCACCCCCCAGACAACUCUGGUUCAAGGGAAGAAAAGGUGGCCUGAUAAUCUCUAUUUUCUUAUUUUCUUUUCCUUUCUUUUCUUUAAUCGGAAUCACGAAGUAAAGAAAGAAGAAGAACCUUCGAAGUCGAUUUACUCGAGUGGUGACGCGCACUUGAAGGACGGCAAUCACUUAUCGGAAAACUGUUGGAAUUGUUAUUACUUUUCAUCCCUUCGCCUCUGAAGCUCACUGUUCUCGGCCGGUCGCUUUCGCCAUUCAAACCCGUCCACGCUUUCAUUAUAUCAUUCCAUUUUAUUUCAUUUCUAAAAAUUGACGAUUUGGUACCCACUCCCACGGUACACUAUUAGACUUAUAGCCGAGGCGACUGAUGGUGCAUUGAGGUCAAGGGCGAAAUCGCAAAAAUAUAAUUGGAAGUAUUGGCGUGAUGGGGUCAUUGGAAGCCGGUCAUAGGCAUAGGGACCAUCUACCAGCUCUUGGUUUUCUAGGAAAGGACGGAUCGGGAUAUCCCCCCAAACAUCCCGCUGUUGGAUCGGGUCCUGUCACAUCUCCAGGAGCCCUUCUUAGUCCAACAAGCAUGUAUUCUGGCCAGCCAUUACCAUGCUCCUACCCGACAUCGUCCGCCAGCGCACCGUCUGUGCAGCCUGGUUAUAUCUCGCCUACAGAUUCGCGGCGCGCGCUUGAGGAGGAGAAGGAGAAGCAACAGUCACAACCACAAAGGCAAUCCCUCCCGUCCAUCCACGAGGCUUUAGGAAAUGAUAACCCCCUUCCGUAUCCUGCGCCCACAUCGGCGGCUCCUCAGCAGCCUCAUCAUGCACCACAUUCGCAUCUCCUGUCUUCAAAUGUUGUAGGACGGCCGACUGGCGAAGCACCGUCGGGACCACUGAAUCCGUUUUCAAAUGUGAUAUCAUCAGGACCUUAUGCAGUGCGGGACUCAGCGUACCCUCCACCCCAACUCCAAGCAGAAGCAUCUCGUGCGAGUUUGGCCUCAGUCACCACACAGGAUUCGCGAAACCCCUCGAUUCAAUCCUUGAGUUCGGGCAAGUCACCCACACAGAGUCAAAAAACGGGGAUCACUUCAAUCGCUGGCUCGCAGACAGGAUCCGCCUAUGAAUAUAGUGCUCCUACUUCUGCGGGCAGUAUCGCCUCUCCCAACGGCUAUGGUACUUUCCCGCAGAACUUCUCCUUCCAGUCGCAGCCCCCGCCAAAUGCGCCAACAUAUCCGGUUGCGUAUGACACCCGACCCUACGGUACUGCAUGGAAGCCGGGUGUACCUGAAACUGCGCGUGUCGAGGAAAUGAAGGGCGGACUUGCGGGUCGUGCUAUUGCGGGUCAAAUCCCGGGUGAUUCUGUCAAACGGCAUUUGGACGUGUAUGAUGUGGAGACAUCGCUCAAUGAGAUUGCCGAGAUGAGCACGCGCACAUUGGACUUUUCACGGCAUUACGCCGCAAAAGCGCACCAGACCCAGCGGUCUGGGCCCGUUUUAGGGUCCCUGCCCUCUCUACAGGAAGUGGAGGAUAUGCUUAAUUUUCAACGCCGGAACCAGGAUGCCUUACUACGUAUACGAGCCGCGGUUGUGAGCCAAGAGCACGCAUUGGCGGAGCAAAUGGCCCAAAGAAAGGCUUUCAAGGCUGGUGGGGUUCGUGACGAUGACCACAUGGCAAUGUACCAAGACGAAUACAAGGGCAGUGGCGGCUUUGCCGGACCAGAUUCGAAGAAGCGACGAGGCAAAGCAGCCCCUCCUGGCCGUUGCCACAGUUGCAACCGGGCUGAGACACCCGAAUGGCGCCGCGGUCCAGACGGUGCUCGGACUCUAUGCAACGCAUGUGGAUUGCACUAUGCCAAGCUGACGCGCAAGAUGGGUGCCAAACAGGCAUCGUCCUUGGGUUCCAACCUUAAACCCAAAACGAUCGACUCCGCAUCUCCAACUGGCCGUUAACAAGUCAGGCGUCUCUGUAUGUGGCGUUGAAAAACAAAAAGAAAAGAAAAAAAAUGAAAAAUGAAAGAAAGAAAGAGAAAAAGCAAAAAAAAAAAAAAAA